AUGAGUAAAUAUCAGAGAUUUGUGCUGGAGAAUGACCUAACUGGUGGAAGAGCUUACCAUGGAGCUGUAGUUAUUGGCUUUAAUAUGUACGUUGUCGGAGGAUUCAACGGCGAUGAGUAUCUCAACAGCUGCAGGUGCUUUAAUGCAGUGACCAAAAUUUGGCGAGAAAUAGCACCGAUGAAUUCACGAAGAUGCUACUCCAGUGUCGCUGUGCUAAAUGACAUUAUUUAUACCAUAGGCGGGUAUGAUGGUCUUGAAAGGUUCAAAACAGCAGAACGAUACAAUUAUAAAGAUAAUCAGUGGUCAUUAAUCGCUCCUAUGAAUGUUCGGCGAUCAGAUGCUAGCGCUACUGCAUUAAAUAGUAAUAUAAUUUUAUAA